CGUCGCAACCGACUUGGACACCCCCUGAGAACCACCAGCUGUGCGUAGACACUUUUAUUUUAAAGCCCCGUGAGAAUAUGUCGUCCACAGAUCCACCUUGGCGACGCCUGACUGCAGGAUAUGGCCCUUGUAAUACGUGGCUCGCUCUUCGUGGCGGGGUUAGUUGCCCUCCUCUCCGGUUGCCAUGGGACCCCCCCUGUGAGAGUGCAGAAUGCGCCCCGAAAUGCACCCACGUGCUCCUUGCCCUACCACAACAUCGGAGGCCACUGCCUGCUGGUGGACGACCUCCUGCUGGGUUCGUGGGAGCAGAUGAACACGUUCUGUGGGGACUUCGGCGGCACCCUCGCUAACUUGUACGACGCCAAUGUCCUUACGGCCGCCAUCGCCUACAUGGACGAACACGGCCUCAGGGACCGGUGUUUCUGGGUGGGCGCCUCAGACGCUGCCGAGGAAGGCAUCUGGCGCUGGCCCGACGGCACUCUGGUGAGGCGGGGAACGCCCUUGUGGGGGGACCUGGCCGACGAGGUGCAGCAGCCGACCGGAGGCGAGGCGGAGAACUGCGGCCUCCUGCUGUUCGAUGAUCACCACUUCCUCCACGACGCUGACUGCAGCGAGCAACACGCGGUCAUCUGCGAACAAGCGGCAGAACCGGUUUUGCGUUAUGAGCCGGCCAAAACAGGCUGCCCCCUCCCGUACCAGUACAUCGGCGGCCGCUGCCUCUUCGUUAACCCCUUCGGCACCAAGAGCUGGGGGGACAUGAACACCUACUGCCAGAACAUGGGUGGACACAUGGCGAAGCUCGACGAUGCCAAUCUGCUUGGUUACGUCUUUGACUACCUUACCGGCAAUGGAGGCAUGGGCGACGUCUACUACUGGAUCGGUGCCACGGACGCCGAGACGGAGGGCGUGUGGCUCUGGCACGACGGCACGGAGGUUCAGAUGGGUACCCCUUUCUGGGGGGACGCGGCCAGCGGGCACCAAGCUCCCGACGGGGGCGAGGAUCACGACUGCGCCUUCCUCAAGCCCACCGACCACUUUUUCUUCAAUGACUACUUGUGUGGGGGCGACAACACGCACUCGUUCGGAGUGAUCUGCGAGUACUAGGCCCGAGGGGGGAGGACCCGAACGCAUUCCCGACGGGGAAUGAGGUGAGAGAGUUCUCUCGCGAUUCAGGUAGUCGCAAAGGCCGUUGAGGAUUAAGUGCUUUUAUAUGUACUGUGUUUGCAGACUUAUGUGCAUACACACAAGUAACACACAUCCGCGCAAGCACGCACGUACACACACAUA